AAUAUUUGCAUAAGACAUUAUUUAAUUAAUUACAAGCAUUUGAAUGCAAACGAUGCUCAGAUGUAAAAACAAGUGUUAAUAUGACCUUAAAACUGAACAAAUUUUUACGAUUUUCUUUGAUCUUUGGAAAGCCAAAUCGAUAUUUGAAUAUUAAUCUGAAUGGGGCUCAAUAUAAAUAUCAUUUUAAUAUGGUUCACAUUUAGCUGACAAUUUAAUUGAAUAUGCAUGCAGCAAAGUCAUUAGCGCUACAACAGAAUACCAUUAAGGAGGAACCGCUUGUUGUGGGCGGAGUCCCUUGUUUGUAGAGCUCAUCAUUUCUCUAGGACUCGACAGCAGAGCUAGUUAAAAUGGAGUGCCACAAGCAGGAACACUCAGUGCAUCAUGGCAAGUCAGAGCGAAAACAAUAACGCAGAGGGCCAAGAGCAGGAGCAAGAGCAGGAGCAGGAGCAGGAGAAGGCUGAAGCAAUGGAUUUCUGGAAGGAAGUGUGCAAGGAAUCGGCCAUACAUGGCAUGCCAUAUCUCGCCCGCAAGGAUCUCCACUUUCUCGAACGCAUCUUCUGGCUGGCCGUGAUCAUAGGAUCCAGCUACUAUGCAGUCGACAGUUGCCUGUCACAAUGGCUGCGCUAUCAGAAUAAUCCCAUUAUCUACGAAUACGAAUAUCUAUUCGCGCUGCGCUCGUUUCCCAUUCUAGGGAUCACCCUCUGCACGCAGUACACCCAACUGCCUCCCUACUUAACGUAUAAGCUGAUUAACGAGUGAGUAAGAUCUGCGCGUCAAGCAACUAAGUGAUCUGAUAUCAUAAUUGACAGUAUCUGGGACAACGACUAUGCUGAGCUCCCUGAAGCGACUAUACCCACUGAAAAGAUUAACUAUUACACCAAAUUUUUGCACGUCUUGAAUCGAUUGCAAUACAAUAACUUCGAAACAUUGAUACCCUAUGAGAAUGACACGACUGUGCAGACUUUGCCUUUUGCCCGGAUGUUAAGGAAAUUGUUGGUAUACACUAUACCGAAGCAGCCAGCAGUUCCCGAGUUUGUGUCCACCCUAACCGAAAUGGGCCUCUGCCUGACAACGAGCCAGCUGGCGAAAUUUGGAUUUCCGACAGAGAGACAGGCUCAGCAAAAUCUCAUAGUGCCCAUUCGAAUGUGCACCUACUUUGACAACUGUCGCACCCUUAUUGAGGCACCUAUGCCUGGCACUACGGUCACUCUGGUAAAUAGUUUCCUUAGUGUGCAAAGAUAGUUCUUGGUAGGUAUAUUUAUUCACUCAGUUUGUCCACGACGUGAAUGAGUUUCUGAUGCCACACGAUCGUCGCACCGUGGCCCUCGACAUGGGUAACAAGAGCACCUACCACAUACAGUUCAUGCUCAACUCCAUUUCGGCGGAGAACGAGGUGCGCAAUGUGCCCAUCGCCUAUCGCAAGUGCCGAUACA